AGCAGCGGCGCGUCCCCGCCCGCGCCGUCAGCUGAUGGGCCGCCGGCCGGGAGGUCGCCGCCGCCGCCGCGCGAACAUGGCGGCCGAGAUCCACUCCAGGCCGCAGAGCAGCCGGCCGGUGCUGCUGAGCAAGAUCGAGGGCCACCAGGACACCGUCGCGGCCGCGCUGCUCAUCCCGCAGGAGGACGGCGUGAUCACGGCCAGCGAGGACAGAACCAUCCGAGUAUGGCUGAAAAGAGACAGUGGCCAGUACUGGCCCAGCAUCUACCACACAAUGGCCUCUCCCUGCUCUGCUAUGACUUACCAUCACGACAGCAGACGGAUAUUUGUGGGCCAGGAUAAUGGAGCUGUGAUGGAAUUUCAUGUUUCUGAAGAUUUUAAUAAAAUGAACUUUAUCAAGACCUACCCAGCUCAUCAGAACCGGGUGUCUGCGAUCAUCUUCAGCUUGGCCACGGAGUGGGUGGUCAGCACCGGCCAUGACAAGUGUCUCAGCUGGAUGUGCACGCGCAGUGGGAGCCUGCUGGGCAGGCACAUCUUCUCCGCCUGGGCGUCCUGUCUGCAAUACGAUUUUGACACUCAGUAUGCUUUUGUUGGCGAUUACUCUGGACAGAUCACCCUGCUGAAGCUUGAGCAGAACACCUGUUCGGUUAUCACAACACUCAAAGGACACGAAGGUAGCGUCGCCUGCCUCUGGUGGGACCCGAUGCAGCGGCUGCUCUUCUCCGGCGCCUCAGACAACAGCAUCAUCAUGUGGGACAUUGGCGGGCGGAAGGGCCGCAUGCUGCUGCUCCAGGGCCACCAUGACCGGGUGCAGUCGUUGUGCUACCUCCAGCUCACGAGGCAGCUCGUCUCCUGUUCCUCGGACGGUGGCAUCGCAGUGUGGAACAUGGAUGUGAGCAGAGAGGAGGCUCCGCAAUGGCUGGAAAGUGACUCAUGUCAGAAAUGCGAGCAGCCCUUUUUCUGGAACAUAAAGCAGAUGUGGGACACAAAGACUCUGGGCCUCAGACAGCACCACUGCAGGAAGUGUGGCCAGGCCGUGUGCGGCAAGUGCAGCAGCAAGCGCUCCAGCUACCCCAUCAUGGGAUUCGAGUUCCAGGUCCGGAUGUGUGACUCCUGUUACGACUCCAUCAAGGACGAGGACCGGACGUCCUUAGCAACGUUUCAUGAAGGAAAGCAUAAUAUUUCCCACAUGGCCAUGGAUGUCGCCAGGGGACUGAUGGUGACCUGUGGGACCGACCGCGUGGUCAAGGUCUGGGACAUGACGCCCGUGGUGGGCUGCAGCCUGGCGGUGGGGUUUUCUCCACGCUGACCCGGAGCCGGCCGGCCGCCCCCUUCGCCACACAGCCCCGCCCUGUCGCUCCACUCACUGUCUCGUGAACGGACAGUAGCCACUAAAAACAAAUUGACAUUUUUAAAAAAGAAAAAAAUGUGAAGGUGUGUUUUUGGGCAUUUGUGGAACUACCUGUGGGGACUUAUGGAAACGGUUCACCUGUAGAGGGUCCCCAAGGAGCAGGAUGACUGCAGCAAACCUUCAGGAAGGGUGAGCGAGCGAAGGUGCUGGGAGUGACCUGGUGGAUGAGUGUAUGAGAGGGAAGCGGGGACAAAGCGGCUCCUGCUCGGAACCUCCUUAAAGCAGUUCCCAGCCCAAGCCCCCGCCCCCAGACUUGCGGCCCCCCAGGGCCCGUGGCUCUCUGGCCGCAGCAGGAAUUAGGGAGUAAGAGGACUCGUUCUCUCUCUCUCAAGGGGGGGCAGUAGCAGCCGAAGACCCCAGAGAUUCCCCUCGUGCUGGCAGAAAGUGGAGAUGCCCUGCACCCCGGGACUGGCUGCUAAAGACGCUGUUCUCUCCAGGUGGCCCCGUCUGUGCCCGCGGCGCGCCAGACCCUCAUUACACAGUGGGUCGUGAACGGCCCGGGUCACCCAGCAAACCCGUCCUUCCCCGUCCCCCAGAAGCGCCCAAGGACAAACCGUUUUCAUGGUGCUGUCACCACGGAGUUGCAGCGGCUGCGCGCUUCCUCCUCGCAGCCUGGAUUGCGGGGCCUGAGCAGCCAAGUGUCCGGCCCACACAAGCCCCAUGAGGUGGCGAUUGCACACACACCUCAGAAAAGACUCCAAAGCUUCCUAAACGAUGCGACUUUUCUUUGUAACUGAUCCUCCUUAACGUCUCCUGCAGGGAAAUCGUGACCGGAGCAGCCGUCUGUGACCAGGUCCUCCGCGGGACCCCCAGCUUGGCCAUCGCCCUGGUCGCAAUUAGCAGAAUCUCUUGUACCAAAUGGCGUUUUAUAAGCUUUUGACCCUCGCUACCAGGCUGUGGAGGGGUGGGGAGCCUCCUUCCAUCCUCACAGAUCUGUUAACAGUGGGAAGGCGCCGCCGCUCAGGGCCCUGGAAGUGAGUGGGGAGAGGCCUGCUUGGCUUAAGGACAAAUUCAGAGUUAGAUGGCAGCCACGUCUUUGUGCGUCUUAGAGGGAUAAAGGCUCGCCAGUACUCACGGCUCUGAGUGUUGGGAUGGCAACAACAACACAGCGGUCCUGCGUGACUCAAGGAAGGGACGGAGUCUGCCCUGUAACAGCAGCGGAGAGGGCAGCGAUGUCAGACAGCCUGUCCCCCUCAAAGGCCAGGUGACACAGCUCCAGGGAGGAGGGCGGCCCGUCUCUUCUAGAAUGAGCUGCAUUAAAGAUUGAUUUGCCUUGAGAGGUGUUUUAUCUCCUGAAAAAGAUGUUUCCUUUAAAAAUGUUUCCUAGGCCCCUUGCCAAAUACCUGCUCCUGGCAGGUGACAGAGUCUGGAAGGAAAGCCGCGUGGCGGCAACUGCGGGCAGCAAUGCUGAGUGUCAGCUGAGUUGAGUCAGGGCUCACCCCACACAAAUGUGCUACCCUGGGCUUUUAUGAAAGUCCUGAAAGGAGACUAGAAUGUGAGCGGGUCCUUGCUGUAUGGGGGAGAGCUGGACUGUGGUUUUGUUUUCCUGUAACUUGUGUAAAAAUGCGAGUUUGUUUUUUUUUUAAUGUCCCUGGACUGUGCAGAACACAACAGCUGCUGAGAGGAUGCCAUAACUUUCACACUUUUUAAAUUAAAAGAAAUGAAUAUACUUACCCCUCCUGUCCCCAUCCCCCAACCCCCCCCCCCCAUGUUUUGUAGCAAAUAGGAGGCUGCCUUCAGGUGAAGCACCAUGAGUCAGGGAGGAAAUGGGUAUUUGGAGAACUGGGCCUGGAUAUCAGGAAAGGCAAGGAGUUGAUUCUCUGUCAUCUGCUCCACCCCCAAGCCAGUCACCGGUUUGUUUGUUUUUUAUGAUUUUCUACUCUCUCUUUCCUGCCACAGACUUUAUUGUGAAUAUAUUCCCCUGGACACGCACAGUGUGUCGGCCCUGAGUUCAGCCAAUGCAUGUGUACCCAAUUCUUUUGUCUUUUCAUCUAAUACUCUGCCCUUUAUUUUUAACUCAAGAUAUUUAAAGCCUCAGCGCUGUCAAGCUAUCGCCGGUUUCUUUUUAAAAACAUACAUGGCAGCCUCGUCUCUGGCACAUGGUGGGUAGCAAAUGGGGUAAUAGUUUUGACAGAGGUAUGCAAAAUUAUAUUUGUUUUGACUGAAAAUUCAUGACAGACACCUGAGGAAAGCGUAGCAAGGCUUUUGGUGAGGCCUUAUUAGAGACUGCAUGUCUCUUCCACGGGUCUUUGAAAAUAACAGGCUGCAGGGUAAAUGAUCUUCAGGAUUUUCUGCCCUCUGCCACCUGCUCAGUGCCCAUCCCGCCACUACACAGGUCUUCAAGUACACUUUAUUGGGUUUUCCAUUCCUGAAUUCUUGCACUAAUUUAUGCAAAUAGGGAGUGAGAAGUUCAGAAUGUUAGAGGGUCCUGAUGAUUAGAUCUCGUCUGCAGGCGACAAGGGGAUUUCAGGUUUUCAUUUUAAAUUUACCUUAGACAGUCACAAAACAGGCCCAGUUGAUUGCCUGGAGGCACAGUGUUGCCGGUCUUGUAAGUCUCUGAUGUUUGAUGUGUCCAAGUUCUGCCCUGCUGCCUGGAGGAUGUAAACACACGAUCCUGUUGUGGAACAUGUCAGUCUGUCUCUCCCUAAAGAAUUUGGUCUGUUGGUAUCUACAUUUUUUAAAAUGGUUGAGACCAGCCUAAUAGGUAGAUAAUAAAUUGUGGCUUAGGCAAAGGAGAGAUUUUCUAAAAUCAGUCUUUAUUAAAUUCCUUUCUAUUUCCAUGACUGGACCUGGUGUCUCCCCAAAAUGUAAGAAAACUAUUCAUGAUAACCAUCUGCUCCCUGCAAGCGAGAUUUAACAACUAAGUAAUAUGCGCGGUCUUUUUCCAAGUGGCUGUUGCUUAAUUCUUGAUUGUGAGCAGAUUAUUAAAUGCCUACUCUCUUUUCUGCAGUUUACUAUACAAUAACUCUUUGAGCGCAUUGAAGUUUAAUUGUGCAGCAAAUUUAUAUUAGACUCCAGUGUUUUUCUCUAUAGUCUUUUUUGAAGGGGAAGUAAAGGGCAAUGUUGAUUAGUACAUUUUGUUUUGUACUAGCUACGUUUCUAUAAGAUUUGGUGCCCGGCCUACCCCAGAGAGCUAGAAACCUUUGUUCUUUGCUCUUAUUUGUGGGUUCUGUUUUUGUGGGUUUUUUUUUUUAUUUUGAGAAUAUGCAUACAAUAAAAUGUUCCUUGCUUGUUACUAUGCUGCUUUAUUUAGCUUUUGUUAUGUUUGAUCUCGACAUAGGACAAUAGUAGCAGGUACCAUUUAUUUAUCCCCCUCUGGGGGCUUAGUGCUUUAUGAACAUUAAUUCAGUCCUCUGCAAGGCAUUAUUUGCCCCGUUUUCCAGAUAAAAAAUCAAGCAGCGGCCAUCCAUUUGACUUGAAGACACAUGUCCUCAUCCUGCUGCCCGCCUUCAAGGGCUCGCAGGGAACAAGUGUGCUACGGAAGGGCUGGGGGUAUUGGUGUGUUUUGCAGUAUAUGAAGCCCCAAGGCCAGCUCUGCUCGGGACGUCCAGGGUCUCUGAGUACACCUAGCCAUGUGCUUCUCCACCUCAACAGCUCAAUUUAUGAGUGAACACAGGUAGUUUGGGUCCAGAGAACAGAUUCUUAGUUUCACUGAUAAGAGACUUUUUAAAAAAAAAAAAAUCACUUGAUUUCAUCAAAUUGAUGUAUCAGUAACAAGCAUCACAGCAUGUUUAUUAUACUACAGAAAAAAGCAGAAUCCAAAGAGAAUACCAAAAGGUAUAUAAAAAGGUUUUUUAAAACCUUUAGUCCUACCACUCAGAGAAAACACAGCUAAGCCUAUGCUGUGUGUCUUUCCAGGGUCUUAAUGAGUGUGCACUCAGACACAGACAGAUGUCUGUUUAGUGGGGCCAGACCUCUCCCCACUUGCUGCCCUAUGGGCAUUUGCCCAUCUUAGAAAAUAGAGAUGCUCAUGAGCAUUUCUAGUUGCUGUGGAGAAGCCAGAGUUCAGUGCUCUGCUGACCGGCGUGCCCUGGCUGUGCAGCCCCAAGCUCUUUGUGGCGAGGGACACUGGGACCCUGUCCCACGCUGUUUUCCACAAUCGUGAAGCUGUUAGCCAUGGCGCUGCUUCGGGCUUCGGUGCCAACUUACUAUAAACCAGUCAUUUCCGAUCUGCUGUGAAGGGUGGCAAGCUGUAUGCUUGCCGUGUGUUGCGGAACCUUCCUAUUUUUAAGCCAUCAAGUCAUGUGAUUUUCUAUUUUAAGUCCUAGACAGUAAAUUUUAUUUUGAUCCAAAGUAGAUUACCAUCAGUGCAUAGCAAAUAACGUAGGGGUAUCCCCAAAUCAAGCUAAUGAAUUUAAAGGGACUUAAGAAUCACUUUUCUGAGGUAUGGUGGUUAAGCCUGUGACACACCUAAGGGGCUUUUACUUAUAUCUGUCCUUAAAUCAGGCAUCAGUCCCUGUAACAUCUCAGGAUCUUAGAUACUACCCCAAAAUUCAAAUCCAACUAAUAAAGUCCCAAGGCAGUCACACGGUUUUCAUAUCUAAGCAUUCCAAAUAGUUUUCUGUUGUUAAAUAAAUCUGACUUAAAUCUCGACAAGCUAAUGGUAACCACCACACAUUUCCAUAGCUGUAGAUUGUUUCAGUUUAUUCUACGGUAUCAAAAUGUGCACGAUUGCAUAACUUGUUGAAUUUAAAUACCUAAACAGGAAAAUUACUUUUUUAAUAAUUGCAAUUCUGUUUAAGCCAUUUUACUGGGCCUAUCAUGUACUUUAGCUCAUGUGAUGAGUCUGAGAAAUGCAUGGUGCCACCUGCCUGCUGUUUGUGUUCUCCCUGAGAGCACAGGAAGGCGGGACCGGUGUCCACCACGCGAAACCCGAUCCUGCAAGCCUUUAGCUCUUUGAUUCUCCAACCUUCAUUCAUUUAUUCAACAGAUAGGAGAGCAAACGGAGGUGUGUUUCUUCCCAGCGUCUGAAAACACCACACUAGGCUGACUAUGUAGAAACUUCUGCUAUGUGCACUCACUUGAACUGUAACCUGGGGUUAGAGGAGCUAAUUGGAGAGAGACUUCUAUAAAUAAAUACGAACAUCUGGUUGAGUUACCCCAGUGUGUUAUUAAAAAAGAGGAAGAAAGGGAGAGAGAAAAGCAUACGGUCAAACCGAAGUUUGUUCAUUUCUGGGUUUACUUGGUAACCAAUCUUUGCUCAAGGGAGUAGGGGAUUUUGUUUCUAAGAUCAUGUGCUGUGAUGUUUCUAGUAGUUUAUCGUCAGAUACGACAUCUGAUCUGUUUUACUGCAGGAGCUUUUGAUCAGCUUUUGAUCAUAUCUGCUUUUGAUCAGAUGAACCCCCCAUGUGGUUGGUAUACAUGUGCUGAAAAUGUAGACAGGGCCUCCUGGUGGCCUAGGUGUUAAGUCUCAGCGCUAUCACCACUGAGGCCUGAGUUCAGGCCCUGGCUGGGGAGCUACCCACAUGGCGCAGCAGAGCUCUCCUGACUCACCCGCUGCUACCUUCAGCAGUGUAUUUCAGUAAAUUCAACUGUUCUGCUCCCUACUCUGUCUCUGGUGAGUCCUCUUGCCCCCCAACCUCUGACCUGCACCCCACUUCUUGAAUAAAAAAAAAAUCUUAAAAAGAAAAUGUAGGCAAAGCUUGCAGACGCAAUCCCAGCACAGGUCUGUCGGCACUACCUUCAAAGUGUAUCAUUCAGCCAUUUCACACCUAUAACCAAAGGUCCGGUUUCCAGGCUGAAAGGGGCGGCUGGAGGAAAGCGUACCAAGAGACACGGCGAGAUGUUUCCCAUUUUCCUAAAACAUCAAACACUAGUUUUGUGUGUCUGAUCAUCAUAAAACGUACUGCAAGACAGCCCCACUUUACAGCUUCCUAACUGACAGAUGUGAUGGUGGCUUUGCAAUACUACUGCAGGUUUUAGGCCCUCCUGUGGGGGGUUGGAAUUUGAAUGUGGGCAGCCAUAACGACUCACUAAUAGAAUGUGAAAGCGACACUGCAGUGUCUGAAAUGCUGCUUCCUCCUGGUCUCUGGACGCCAGAUGCGACCCCAGCGGAGCUCGUGGACAGCUCCUGGAGGGAGGGCGCACGCAGACCCAGCCUGCCACUGACCGCAGAAGCCGGAGAGGCCCCAAGUGAGGGCUGCCCGGUGAGCCCUCAGUGAACCCUUGCUGCGCCCCACUAAACGGAACAAAAUAAAGUGUUCCUUUGAAAAUGCCGCGUUGUGGAGUG